UUCGAGUUAUCCUAAAGUCAUUCGAAAUUGGAUUGUUAUCCAAGUGUGAAUAUAACUCUAUACGCUAUUCGAGUCGCCAUGUUCAAAUUCGUUGCGCUGUUGCUCUGCUGUUGGGCGUCGCUGAGCGCCGGCCGACUCACGACUAGCGGCACCAAUUUCUACUACAACGGCCAAAAAGUCUUCCUGUCCGGCGUCAACAUCGCCUGGAACUCGUACGGCUACGACUUCGGCAACGGCCAGUACGCGGCCAACUCCAAGGCCACGCUAGAGUCUUGGCUCACUCGGAUCGACGCCAACGGAGGCAACUCCGUCCGUAUGUGGGUCCACGUCGACGGCAAGAACACUCCGGCAUUUGAUGGCAACGGUUACGUCACCGGUCCUGACAGUACGGGGACGAUGAUCAGCGACUUGAGGUCCUUUUUGGAUUUCGCUCAGAGCAAGCAGCUCUUGGUCGUCUUAGUUUUAUGGAACGGAGCCAAACGGCCAACGGACAACACCCUCAACUUGCUUUACGAUGAAUCCAAACUGCAGACUUACAUCGACAACGCCUUGAAGCCAAUGGUAGAUGCCUUGGGUAACCAUCCUGCACUGGCGGCCUGGGAGAUCAUGAACGAGCCCGAGGGAUUGUUGCAAAACAACGUCUACAAUGGUAAUCCUUGCUAUGACACCACUCCACUGAAGGACACCGGGGCCGGUUUCGCUUACACCGACGUCCCCAUGCAAAACAUUUUAAAGUUCAUCAACUGGCAAGCGGAUGCUGUGAAACAAAGGAACAGCGCCUGUUUGGUGACUAUUGGUUCUUGGUCGGAGCACGCCCAGACGGACACCAAAGCUCAAUCGAGGAAUUACUACACGGAUUCUUGUUUGGAGGGCGCCGGUGGUAAGGCGGCGGGAAAAUUGGAUUUCUAUCAGAUGCACACGUACGACUUUAACGGACAAUGGAAUCCCGAUGCUCCUUUUAAAGUCUCAGCCUCUUCGUACGGACUUAACAAGCCUUUGGUGAUUGGUGAAUUCGCUUCGGUCUGCUCCCAGAACAGUGACAUCGGAAAUAUGUUCCAGUACGUCUACGACAACGGUUACCAGGGCGCUUGGUCUUGGCACUACCUGGAACAAGGGGAUUGCACCGAUUCGCAAGAGGCGCAAAAUAUUGGCAUGACCAGAAUUAAAGACCAAACAGCAAACGGUGCGGUGACCUUCCCCUUGUAGAGGACUAUACCUAUCCUGUCAAAACUAAAAAAACAAAUUGGAUCAGUUCUAUAAUUAUAACAUCAAAAACAUAUAGAAUGUAAAAUGCGCUAUCAAAUCAGAAUACACCUAUACAUCAUAAAAUCA